CCUGAAGAACAUGAACCACACAGAUCUCGCUAACACACUGCACAACAAACUCUCCCCUGUUUAUCAGCCAAAGUUGAAGUCAAAACUGAGAGAGAAGUUUAAAAGAAUUAAUGAAGGAAUCUCACAGCAUGGAAGCUCAGCACUUCUGAAUGAGAUCUACACUGAGCUCUACAUCACAGAGGGUUGGAGUGGAGACGUCAAUAAUGAACAUGAGGUGAGACAGAUUGAGGCAGCGUCCAGGAGACCAGCAACACAGGAGAAACCCAUCAAAUAUAAUGAGAUCUUUAAAGACAAGUCCAUCAGAACUGUGCUGACUAAAGGAGUUGCUGGAAUUGGAAAAACAGUCUCUGUGCAGAAGUUCCUCCUGGACUGGGCUGAAGGAGAAAUAAAUCAGGACGUCUUCUUCAUGUUCCCACUUCCCUUUAGAGAGCUGAAUCUGAUGAAGCAGCAAAAUCUCAGUCUGAUUAAUCUUCUUCAUCACUUAUUCCCAGAAAUGAGAAAACUAGAAUCAAUAGACUGUGAUUCCUACAAAGUGGUGUUGAUCUUUGAUGGUCUGGAUGAGUGUCGACUUCCUCUAAAUUUCCAGAAGAAUGAGAUAUUGUGUGAUGUGACAGAGUCAGCCUCAGUGGAUGUGCUGCUGACGAACCUCAUCAAGGGGAAUCUGCUUCCCUCUGCUCUCCUCUGGAUAACCACAAGACCAGGAGCAGCCAAUCAGAUCCCUCCUGUGUGUAGACCAGGUAACAGAGGUACGAGGCUUCAGUGAUCCUCAGAAAGAGGA